AUGUCAUCAAAUAAAUUAAGAAUCCUUUGUCUUCAUGGCUAUAAACAAAAUGCCAUCAUGUAUCGAAAAAAGACUGCUGCUGUACGGAAAAGCAUUGAAGACAUUGCUGAAUUGGAACAUGAGCCCUUUGGGUGGUGGUAUGCACCAAGCUAUAAGCCAACUCAAAAUGGUUUUUUUGUCGGAUUUAAAGAAUCCGUUGAAUACUUUAAAAAUAUUUUACUAAAGGAGGGGCCUUUUGAUGGUAUAUUAGGGUUUUCUCAAGGAGCAUGCUUCGCUGCUCUUUUGACCGAAAUGUUAGAAAAUAGAUCUAGUUUCCCUGAACUCAUUUCCCCAGAGUUUAAUCAUGCCCCUUUUAAAUUUUCGAUUCUUGUUGCUGGUUUUAAACCUACGAUGCAAGAAGCUACGAAUGUAUUGUUGAACAAAGAGUCCAAAGUGAAGACACCCAGUAUGCAUUUUAUUGGAGAUUUGGAUACGCUUGUUUUGCCUGAAGCCAUGAUGUCUUUAACUGAAGCAUUUGAAAAUCCAAAGAUAUUCCGUCAUUCAGGAGGGUAAUAUUUAAACAAGCCCCAUUAUGAAUGUCUAUUAUGAAAUCAUACUUAAAUUUUUAAUUAUAGUCAUUAUCUACCAUCAAAUACCUCGAGUCGAAAGGAAUUGAAAGACUUUAUUUCACAAUUUGUAAAUUAGUUUAUAAUAGAGAGUGGGAGAAAAAUUAGAUAUUUAUCUAAUAACUAGAAAGGUAAUAAUGUCUAUGUUGUUCAUACAUAGGACUAGAAUUUAUUACCAGGUAAUACACAAAAUUGUUCCUAUAAUCAUGUCAUAUUUAUCUUGCAUUACUUGAAAUUAUAAUAGUGUGAAGAAACAUGCCAUUGU